AAAUGACGUCUCCUUUGUUGUAGUGACAGCUGUCAAUGAACAGACUUGAAGAAAAUUGUUAAAAUUAUGGGAAACGUAGACACAAAAUUAAAUUUUCGGAAGGCUGUCGUACAGUUAACGUCCAAGUCUGAGCCAAUCGAUGCAAACGACGACUCCUUCUGGGAACAGUUCUGGUCAGAGAAUGUCACAAAUGUUCAAGACAUUUUCACUCUGGUCCCCGCUGCCGAAAUACGAGCGUUACGUGAAGAAGCCCCAUCUAAUUUGGCAACAUUAUGUUACAAAGCUGUUGAGAAACUAGUGAAAGCUGUUGACAGCAGUUGCAGAACUCAACAUGAACAACAAACAGUCUUAAAUUGUACGAGGCUGUUGACAAGAAUUUUGCCUUAUAUUUUUGAGGAUUCUGAGUGGAAAGGAUUCUUUUGGUCCUCAUUGCCUGGAUCAAAUGAAGAAGAUGAAUCUAUUCCUUUGGCACAGUCCUUAUUGAAUGCUAUUUGUGAUUUGCUGUUUUGCCCAGAUUUUACAGUUGUAGCGAGUAGAAAAAGUGGACCAGACAAGGCAGAGGAAUUGUCGGCUAUCGACAGUUGUGAAUACAUAUGGGAGGCGGGCGUGGGUUUUGCACACUCACCGCCCCGCAAUCCGACUUACGACGCUCACCGUACAGAGUUACUCAAACUCCUGUUGACCUGUUUCAGCGAAACUAUUUACCAGCCGCCGACCGACAUCGCCGAAAACCCGAACAGAUGGAUUCUGCAUCUGACAUCGGCGGAAAAUCGGCACGCGUUGCCGAUGUUCACCUCCCUGUUGAACACCGUCUGCGCUUACGAUCCGGUUGGAUUGGGCGUACCAUACAAUCAUUUGAUUUUUAACGAUUCAUUGGAACCGCUGGUAGAAGCGGCCUUGCAGAUUCUGAUCGUUACUUUAGAUCAUGACACUAGCAGUUCAACUCCAAACGAGGGAGAUGAUACGACAGUUCCAGACAAUCUCUUCAUUAAUUACUUGUCGCGAAUACACAGAGAUGAAGACUUUCAAUUUAUUUUAAGUGGUGUGACAAGAUUAUUGAAUAAUCCUUUAGUUCAAACGUAUCUACCUAACUCUACAAAAAAGGUCUACUUCCAUCAGGAGUUGCUGGUGUUUUUCUGGAAAAUGUGCGACUACAACAAGAAAUUCCUCUAUUUCGUUCUAAAAAGCAGCGACGUGCUGGAAGUUCUCGUACCAAUUCUGUAUCAUCUCAACGAUUCGAGGGCAGAUCAAUCGAGAGUAGGAUUAAUGCACAUUGGAGUAUUCAUACUAUUACUGCUGAGCGGUGAAAGAAAUUUAGGUGUACGAUUGAAUAAACCGUACACAGCAACAAUUCCAAUGGAUAUACCGGUCUUUACCGGUACGCAUGCGGAUUUGCUGAUAAUCGUAUUCCAUAAGAUCAUAACGACGGGUCACCAAAGGCUACAACCAUUGUUCGACUGUUUGUUAACUAUUCUAGUCAACGUUUCGCCCUAUCUGAAGACUUUGUCUAUGGUGACCAGUACGAAAUUGUUGCAUUUGUUGGAAGCGUUCAGCACACCCUGGUUUUUGUUCUCCUUACCGACAAACCACCAUCUAGUCUUCUUUCUUUUGGAAAUCUUCAACAAUAUCAUCCAGUAUCAGUUCGACGGCAACUCCAACUUGGUAUAUACUAUAAUUAGGAAGCGACAGGUGUUCCACGGCUUGGCAAACUUACCGAGCGAUUGCGGUACAAUCUCAAAAUCAAUGGCACGCCGAUCGAAGAGCCGCUUAUCCGCAUCCACAAGUACCGAAAACGUAUCGGAGGCGGCGAUGGAGGGGUCCCAUCCUGCUUUGCCCGCCGAACCUGGUACGUUGAAGGCUACCUUGCCCGACACGCCGCAGAUUGCGCAGAUGACAGAGCGCGAAUCGGCCCAUUUGGGCUUCCAGCAGCUAGAACAGUUGCCGCUGACUAACGGAAUGGCCGCCGUGACGUUAAAUCCUCCCGAGAAGAAGGAACAAGACAAUAAGGUGGAGGUGCAGCCGAAGACGGACAAAACUAGUCCCACGACAAGUGUUGCCGAGGGGUCGUUCACAAGAAGCGUAAACACUAGGAAUAGUUUGAGGGUGAGUGCAUCUACAGAGAAAUUGAGUGGACAAUGGGUACCGACGGCUGAAUGGGUACAUUCAUGGAAGUCCAAGUUGCCGCUCCAGACCAUCAUGAGACUGCUUCAAGUAUUAGUGCCUCAGGUUGAAAAGAUCUGCAUCGACAAGGGAUUGACGGACGAAAGUGAGAUUUUAAAGUUCUUGCAACACGGUACUUUAGUGGGAUUGUUGCCUGUUCCACAUCCGAUUUUGAUUAGAAAAUAUCAGGCGAACGCGGGUACGACGACAUGGUUUAGAACAUAUAUGUGGGGCGUCAUUUAUCUCAGAAAUGUGGAUCCUCCCAUUUGGUACGACACUGACGUUAAACUGUUUGAAAUACAACGGGUUUAGAUUUGCUAAAGAAUGAAAAGACUUGUAUUAUAUACAUGGUAGUUCUAAUUUUUAUUUAUUGUUGUUCGUUCUAUUACUUAUAUGUGUAUAUUAUGUAAUAGUUCUGGCUUUAAUUCCUACUUAAUGAUUGUGACGAUUGAGGAUUAUGUUGUACAAGUGUGUGUCACAGACGUUUUAAGUGCAAUAUUUAAAUUGUUCGUUUAUUGACUGUGACACACUAGAAUAGGAUUAAUAUAUAAUCGGAAAUGAUGUAAUUUAACUUAUAUGAGUAUAUUAAUCCUGUUGAAAAUUUAGUAUAAUUAAUAUAAUAUAAAGUGUCUUAUAUAAAUGAAAAUAAUUUUGCAAUUAAUAUUGGAGACUGUUACCGGCCAUUUUUCGAUUGCUUUUGUUUUUACCAGUUACCAUUCCAUUUUUAAAUUUAAAAUUGUGAUUUUCGUUCUAAAAAAAUUACUUUAGUAUUUUAUGGAAAAAAAUUAUUUAUAAAUUUUAACAGCAUAUCAAAAAAAUAUAUAUUGUGCUAAUAUAUGUCUAAUUUAUAUGACCAACGUGUACUACAAUGAAAUUAUAUUCAAAUUAUAAUCAACAUUUAAAACCUAA